AUGUAUUCUGUCCUAGUAAUAGGCUCGGCAGGUGCAGGUAAAACAACAUUCUCCCUCAACCUGUACGACCACCUCAGUGCACACAACCACAGCCCAACUUUAAUAAAUCUUGAUCCUUCCCAGCAGAGCGGUAACACAUACCACCAUGACAUUUGUACCUACAUUACGACCCAGAACAUAAUGGAGGCUACUGAUCUUGGACCGAACUCAUCCAUUUUAAAUGCAUUCGCAACGAUGGCCGAUAAUCUGGAGAACAUGGAGAUUGAGGGCUACUGCGUGGUGGACAUGCCUGGUCAAAUCGAAAUUUUUGUACAUUCUGAGUCUUUUCUGAGGACCGUUGAGUAUUUUAAGGAACAUAGCCGCUGUGUAAUUGCGAACGUGUUUGAUUCCAUCAAUUUCAAGAGCGUAGAAAGAUUCCUUGGGAACGGGAUGAGCAUGUGCAUGUGCGUGGGACGAGUUGAUCUGCCCUUUAUCAAUUUGGUAAGCAAAUGCGAUCUUUUCUUGGAGAGCGACCGGGAUGAGGACUGUACAAAUGACGAUUUGGAUCGGUUUGACGGUGAUCUGUGCUUUGACCAAUCGCUUUUGGAAACGAAAUUUCAUAACGAUCUUUAUUCCUUCCUUGAACAGAACAAUGUUCUGAAUUUUACGAGGAUACGUUACACCGAGGAGGGAAUGACCGAUAUUAUUUACAUGCUUGAUAGCGUUUUACAGUACUACGAUGAUUUAGAUUACAUAGAGCCCCGUGAGGAAUGAGCAAGGUCUGCGUACAAAUCAGAACAAAGACACGCAUGCAACAUUCACCGGUAUUAAUCAUUAAAAAUGUAUCAUCCAACAUUCUUAGCUUGUUACAGCACCUCCACGCUUCCGGUAUGUGUC